UUGCAGAGCGGGGGAAGGGGAGGACCCGGACAUGAGGGCAUGGCUCUAGAGUCUGACAAUAUCAAGGCUGUUACAUACAGAGCUCACACAUUCCUGCUUGGACGUACUGUACAGGGACGACUGGCAGUUUUGGGCCUGACAGCUGGAGCUGGUUUAACCGGAUUUCAAAGUAUAUUGGGUUUCUGAAGGUUGGAAUUAAGCAACAAACAGAUACUUAGGUUAGAAUGUCAAGAACUGUUUCUGGUUGGAUUUUAAAGUCUGCAAAACAAAGCUUAGCUGUGAUCCACGGAGAGAAACGCAACUAUUCCAAAUGUCUCCUGACUCAACACCAAGCUAAAUGGAGAAGGCCAAGUAAAUCUAAGGCAGUCAAUCAGAAAUGGUUUUGUUAUCCCGUACAUGAAAUCAUCUUCUCAGGAGAGAGAUCUUUAAGGCAAACAUCUUCAGAAAAUGAUGUGCAAUUCUUGUUAAGCCCAUCUCAAAUUAACUACAUACUUAGGGCAAAUGAAGUGUCCUACAAGCCAGUAGAGUUUGAUGGGAAGAAUCCAAGCACAAUCUUAAAGUUUGAGAGCAACCAGCUGGCUUCUAAUACACCGUGUGAGGAUCGCAGGAGUGCAGCAACAUGCCUGCAAACCAACGGCCAUAUGUUUGGAAUUUUCGACGGUCAUGCUGGAUCUGCAUGUGCUCAGUCAGUUAGCGAGCGGUUGUUUUACUACAUUGCUGUCUCUCUGAUGUGUCAGAAAACUCUUGAGGAUAUUGAGUUUGCCAGUGAACACAUGAAACCAAUGCUACCAAUUCUCCAAUGGCACAAACACAAGAAUGAUCACCUGUAUAGGGAAGGUGCUUCCCUCUAUGUGGACCACCUCCGUGUUCAUUGGCAAGAGCUGAUUAAUAUAGAUAAUGAAUCUGGAAUGAGUGUGGAAGAUGCUUUGGCGUAUGCAUUCCAAAGACUGGAUUCGGACAUCUCCCUUGAAGCACAGGUGCCCAUUGAUAAUGAAUUUCUCAGAAACCUUACUCUGCAAGUUGCAUUUUCAGGGACAACAGCAUGUGUGUCUCACAUUGAUGGUGUUCAUUUGCACAUUGCUAAUGCUGGUGACUGCCGUGCUAUCUUGGGUGUUCAAGAUGAAAAUGGAUCUUGGUCAGCUAUUCCUCUUACAGAAGAUCACAAUGCCUUUAAUAAAGCUGAAAUCCAAAGAUUACAUGCUGAACACCCACCAUCCGAAAAAGAUACCUUAGUGGCAGAUAAUAGGUUGUUGGGUAUUUUAAUGCCAUUUAGGGCAUUUGGAGAUGUAAUAUUCAAGUGGAGCCGGGAAUUGCAGAAAAGUGUCUUACAAAAUGCUUGUGAUUUAGAACCUUUAAAUAUUUAUCAGUAUUCACCUUCAAACUACCAUACUCCUCCUUAUUUAAGUGCUGAACCAGAGGUGACCUACCAUAAAUUAAGGCCACAUGAUAAGUUCCUUAUAAUGGCUUCUGAUGGCCUUUGGGAUAUGCUGGAGAGCGAGCAAGUGGUCAAGCUUGUGGCCAAUCACCUAUCAGAAUAUUCCCUGAAGAAGCCUAAAGUGUCUGCACAAAAGCGCAGCUUAGGAAACAUGCAUAACCUGUUGCUCAAGAGACAAUCGAGGAAAGUUCCUGCCCCAGACCAAAACAUUGCAACACAUCUCAUCCGGCAUGCCAUAGGCAGUAAUGAAGAUGGUGAAAUUGAACAUGAGAAACUUACCACCAUGCUGAGCUUGCCAGAGGACUUGGCGCGGAUGUACAGGGACGAUAUUACAGUAACUGUGAUUUUCUUUAACUCCAGCGUAAUUGAAUCAUACUACAAAAACACCAAUUCUUAAACAUAUUUUCUCUAUUUACUCUAAGUAGAGGAAUCAGUUUUUUUUUAUUAAAUUUUAGCUCUGAGAGCAGAUACAAGCCUCUAAUCUCACCAAUCCUUACCUUAUUAUCAGACUUUGUCUGUCCUCAAAUGUACAUUGUUUUUUUUACAAGUAGUAUUGUAUUAUUGUUACUGUAAACUCUUCCUUGAAGGCAGCGUUCUUUUUAUAAUAAAAUAAUAUUGUA